ACCGCAGGCCGGUUACUAGCAACGUUGAGCUCCAAGGUGGACGCGCUCAGGCCGCCGCUGCCUGUUCUGGUGACUCGUCAGCUUCUCUCCCCGCGCUCCCUGCCCUUCCCUCUGGCCUCCUACUCUCUCUGCACUCUCCGCCUGCUGCAGUGACCCAGGGCCGGGCAGGCCUCAGAGAGGCCUCCGGCCAUUGUAGCUUUCAGUGUCUGUGGAAAAGUUGUUGCUGAAGUGCCUGUAAAAGAGUCACUGAGUUGAUGGAGAUGCCUACUAGUGAUGGAAGUCUUUCAGAGGGCCUGAUUUCUUAUCUCAUCCGGGAGAGAGGAUCUGCUCCACAGUGUGCCCCUGAGAAGCACCUCAGCAGGCUCAAGCAAGACGUCGCAAAUACAAAGAUGGAGUUGAAAGCAACGCUUAAGGAAGCUCAGUUGGCAUCCUGUUCAGUUGAAUUACUUUUGCCAUUAUUUAAGAACACUGUGGAAGGAAUUAGUCUAGAAAACGCUAAUCUUUCUGCAUCCAGUUUGAAGAAGAUUUUUGAACAGAACGACAUAUUAUCAAAAGAAUUAGACACUUUUAACCGUGUGAAAUUAGCCUUAGAACAUCUUAUUAAACAGACUGACUAUGAACAAAUAGGAGACAGCUUGCUAUGCUUGUUGAAGGAUCUCAGUGACAAUGAAAGUGAGAACAGAAACCUUGAGGAAAAAGUACUUGAAAAGGAGACCUAUAUCCGUGAACUCUCGUGUCUGUUUCAGAAUGAAAAGGAAAGUGCUUUGAAAGCAAACAGGCUUUCUCAAUCAGUCAAAGUAGUGCACGAUCGUCUACAGCGCCAAAUUCAGAAGAGGGAAGCUGAGAAUGAAAAGCUAAAAGAACAUGUACAGGUUAUAAGUAUUCAUUUUUAUAGUUAAGUAAGAAAGUAAUGAAAAACUAACUGUGACAGCAUGGCUUACUUGUGGAAGAAAGUGAUAAUAAGAGAAUGUAAUUUUGGCAUUUCUGUGGGAAACACACUGAGUAUAAAUCUCAGUCAUGAGAUGUCUCGCCUGAAAUCUCCAUAUGAAAAUGUUUUUAUUUUAUAUUUCAAUCCAGGAAGCACGCGUGGAGAGUGAGUUUCUUUCCAGUUUUUCUCACGGUAUAGCUAAUUUAUGUUUACUGUGGACAUUUUUAUAAAUUAUGGAAACAUAAGUUAAAAUAGCUUAAGAUCAACAAACUGUUGUUAAAAUUUUGUUGUAUAUUAUUCCAGUCUUUUUUCCAUAUCUCUAUACCCUUUUAUGGGUAUCCUUGCAUGUAUCUAAUAGGCAGUUGGGGAGUUAAGCUUCUCUUGUUACCAGUUAUGAUCACUGUGAAUGAGCUCAGUUCUCAUAUUCAGGCCACUGAGAAGUUCCCUUUGUACUGAUGCAGUGGGAAGGAAUGUUUAGUUUAAUUAUGUGUUCCUAAUCACAGCCAUUUGAGGUCAGAGCCUGAGAGUGCUGCUACAUGUCACAACCUAAUUAGAUCCACUGUCUUAUUUUUUAUCAAAGGCAAAAAACCAGUGUUCCUACCUUCAGAGACUUCUACAAACUAAGGGCAAGGAUGUCUAGGUAGACUUCAGUGUGUUUUUAUUGUCCUGACUCAUAACAGACAUUUGCAGCCUGUAGCACCUGCUUCAAGAACUCCAUGCACGUGUCCUUCAGUGGAUAUACAAAGAGUGUUAGUGUCCUUUCCCAAGGACGUUAAGCAUGCGUAUGGAGAAUGUAAUGGGUUUCAGUUAAUUUUGUUCUUUGUUAAUUUCAUACCAGUGUCUGCUGUAUUCUGGUUACUCUCCAUCUCCUUUCACCUCUGUCCCUCCCAUCCUCACCCCCCUGCCCAUCCCUCCCUCCUGCUCCCUUCCCUAGAUACACGACUAUAGUCUUGUCUAUUGUAACCACUGGGUUGGAACUAUCCAUCGGAGCUUGACAGGGUCAGUAGUGGUAGCCAGCUAAAGACACUGGAUUCUCCUCUCCUGGACUCUAGCAAAUAGUCCUCAUUCUGUUCCUGCCAGUUCCUACAGCACCUCCCUCACCCCCCCAUGGAUCCUUUUUGCUCUUUGCAUGGAGGAGAUAGGACAGGGCAGCUCAUUUGCUGUGCCAAUGCUGCCCAGGCAUACACAGGCAAAUGAUGGGAUCUAGCUUGUCAGUCACCUACCUCAGAUUACCUUACACAGGCCUAUGAUAUCCUUUAGUAGCAGUUGAGGAUGUUUUUCAAAUCUAAAUGAAAUAAUGAGUUAUUUUCAAAAGUAAGUUUUAAUAGUAUCUUUUUUUGUCCUUUGUCUUUUUUUUUUUUUUUUAAUAUGCUUAAUCAUCUGAAGACAACACAAGGCUAAAAUCCUGAGCUCUGCCACAGUGUCCCUAUCCUUACUGAUGGAGUACGGGGCAGUAGACAGAAGCCACUUUAGGGCCUUGCUGUUCUGCCUUUCUUCUCCUACACACUCUGAUUACACUUGUAUUAUUUGUAUACAGUAACUAUACUGUGUAAAACAAAUACAUAAAUUGUGGAAUUUAAAGCAGUAGAUAAUGUGAAGGGAUUAGAAUUUACUCAUUAGAUUUUGUGUUUAAGGAGGUUGUUUUUUAAGUGUAAAACCAGAUUUCAGUCUGGCAACAUAAAUCUCAGGUUUUUAUUGUUGUUAUGCAGUAAACCUUUAUAAAUUUAUGUUUUAAAUCUUUCAAACCUAUCCCAAAGAUGCUUUAAGUCGAUUUUUUUUCUAAAUUUUUGUAGUCUGUCAGUUGGUUCUCAACCUGUGGGUCACGUCCCCUAUAAGGGUUAUAUAUCAGAUACCCUGCACUUCACAUACUUAACAGUAGCAAAAUUACAGUAGCCAUGAACAUAAUUUCAUGGUGGGGGAGCUCAGCACAACAUGAGGCACUUUCUUAAAGGUCGCAGAAUUAGGAACAUUGAGGACUACUGGUAUAGCAUGCGAUUUAUCCUAUUUUCUCUGUUCUCACAUAUACAUACAGUAGGGUUAUGUGUAGUCUACCAUAUAGCGUAAUAUGUAUACAUGUCCUACCAUCUCAUAUCUAUACAUUCACUUGGCAAAUGACUGAUGGUUUUUUGCAACUGUAAAAAUAAUUUACCAAAUUCAGUCUAUCCCUGGAAUAUUGAAGUGUAAGAUUUGAGAAUUUCAUAGAUGCAUACAAUAUAUUUUGAUUAUAUACACCCCCAGCCACUUUCUCCCUCCAACACGUACCCCUCCUAACUUUAUCAUCUUUCUCUUUUUAAAAAAAACUUGUUGGGAGAAGUUUUUAAGCAAUUGUAGAAACUGUUCACAGUGUGGUGGUGACCCCGUGUGGCCAUCUAGAGGAAUGCCUGGUAUAUUUCUUGUGGGUGGGUCCUUUCUCACACACAGACUUAGCUUCUAUUUGUUUUUUUCAUUUACUGUAGUGCUUCAUGAAACUUUUUUGUCUGUUUAAGAUAAAUUUGUAAAAGCCACUGAAGAGGGAGUUGCUGAUUCAUAGUUUAAGCUAAGACUUAGACUUAGUUUAUAUUUAAACUUAGUUUAGACUAAGCAGGCUGCAGUGAUGAAAUCCAGAGGCCUGCUUCUUUCUUUCAGUAUUAGUGGAAGUGAAGGGAAACGGCUUUGGCACAGGACUAAGUGGAAAAGCCUAUCCUUUCCUAGCUUGGAAACCCAAAUAGCCAAGUGGAACUUGCAGGUGAAAAUGAAUAAGCAAGAGGCUGUAGCCAUCAAGGAAGCAAGUCGGCAAAAGGCUGUAGCUCUGAAAAAAGCAUCGAAAGUGUACAGACAAAGGCUGCGACACUUCACAGGGGAUAUCGAGCGCCUCGCCUCCCAAGUCAGAGAUCAGGAAGCCAAGCUGUCUGAAACAGUUUCAGCUUCCAGUGACUGGAAAAGUCAGUUCGAGAAAAUUGCCAUAGAAAAAACUGAGCUGGAAGUGCAGAUCGAAACAAUGAAAAAGCAAAUCGCUAACCUUUUGGAAGACUUGAGAAAAAUGGAAACUCAUGGGAAAAACUCAUGUGAAGAAAUUCUUAGAAAACUUCACUCACUGGAAGAUGAAAAUGAAGCCCUAAAUAUUGAGAAUGUGAAAUUAAAGGGUACACUUGAUGCCUUGAAGGAUGAAGUUGCUUCUGUUGAAAAUGAACUUGUAGAACUGCAAGAAGUAGAAAAACGACAAAAAACCCUCGUCGAAGGAUACAGGACUCAGGUACAAAAGUUGCAAGAAGCAGCUGAAAUGGUGAAAAGUAGAUGCAAAAAUUUACUACAUGAAAAUAACCUAAUAAUAACGAAUAAAAACAAAAAGUUAGAGAAGGUUGAUGGAAACCAAAGCCUUCUGACCAAGCUUUCUCUUGAGGAAGAAAAUCAUCUCAUUCAGUUAAAGUGUGAGAACCUUAAAGAGAAACUAGAGCAGAUGGAUGCAGAGAAUAAAGAGCUUGAGAAGAAGCUGGCCGACCAAGAGGAGUGUCUCAAGCACAGUGACCUGGAGCUGAAAGAGAAGGCUGCAGAGUACACAGCCCUGUCCAGGCAACUGGAAGCCGCUUUGGAAGAAGGAAGACAAAAGGUUUCAGAAGAAGUAGAGAAAAUGUCAUCUAGAGAGAGGGCUUUACAAAUUAAAAUAUUAGAUCUGGAAGCUGAGCUUAGAAAGAAAAAUGAAGAACAAAACCAACUUGUUGACAAGAUGAACACUAAAACCCAGCACCAGGCUAUCUGCUUGAAGGAAAUACAGCACAGCCUUGAGAAGUCGGAGACUCGGAAUGAGAGCAUUAAGAAUUACUUGCAGUUUCUUCAAAUUUCCUAUGUAACGAUGUUUAGAUAAAUUGUUGAUUUUCUCUGAUUGUUAUGCUUUGUAAUUUAUAGGUUAGCAGUAUUAGAAUUUCUAUGUGAAGAUACUUGAAACAUAAUUUAUUAUCUAAUUGAACUUUAAGGAAUAGUAGCUCUUACUAUUCUUUUGUGGUAGAUAAUUUGCAUUGAAGUCUAGUUUAAUUCUUUUUAAAAAUAUAUUAAUUUUUAAAAUAUUUUUCACCAUAUAUGCAAAAAUCAGAAUUAUUCUUAUGAACCAUUGAAGUAAAUUUGUAACAAAUCUAGACCGAUUAUGAGCCAAAUACAUAGAUUUAAAUAAUGUAUUUACUUUAAAUAAUGUAUUUACUUGUUUUAUAUUAUAAUGCUAUACCAAUAAAAUAUUCAGAAAUUUAAUUUUAAUAACAGUA